AUGGCGGAGCUGGAUGAUUUGUUUCACAAGGAUCAAUAUGUAGGCCCGGAGCGGCUCACCGACCUGUGCUUCAGACUGAUCUGCGAGAAUCUCGACAUAAUCUCGGUCAAGGGGAAGCGUGGUCACCGGAUACUGAGGAAAGGAUUAACUUUCCCGAGCGAGAUAUGCGACAAGAUUAUCGAAUAUGCGCAGCACAGCGAGGCGACCGAGGACGUCGAUUGUUUCUUCUCGAUUUUCAAGAAUCUGUCGGCGACUCGACUCAAGCACGUGAAAAUCUCCAAUUGCAGCUUGACCGACAAUUCGGUUCACACACUCGCCAGCCAUAAGCUCUACGACUUAGAACUUACGGAUUGUAGUAACUUAACAGAACUCUGUAUUGAGCAUAUUAAUAAUAAUUCAGAAAAUCUGCAUAGCUUAGCGUUUCACGGCACUUCCAUGGUGAUACCAUCAAGUUUAAACGUUGGUGAAAACUUAUCCAUUUACUACAAGCGUGAAUAUGUAUUUAAAACACCCAACUUAAAGCGCUUAUCAUUAGGAUAUGUGGGAAUACCUACGUCGGAAUACCUCUUGCUUCUAGAGGGAUUAAUCCACCUGACACACUUGGACUUGUCAAACAGUUCUAACGUUGAUACCUUUGAAUUUUUUUAUCUGGUACCAAGCCUAGUAUCUUUAACUUUGUACAAUGUCAAAGUCAAUAGCAAUUCAAAAUCCUUUGUUAAAAAUAUCUGUCGGCUGAAGAGUUUAAGGCACUUGGAUAUCUCGCAGUCAAUUUUUAAGAAUGGACAAUUUGACAAUCCCAAUAAGAUUCUAUCUGACUUAGUAAAUGGUUUACCACAAUUGGUCUCCUUAGACAUCGGCGGUACAAAUCUCGCGGGGAGAGGCGUAGCCGAACGUCCCAGCGACACAAAUGUCGAGGACUCCAAUCUCAGUCAGCUUUCCGACAUACCGGGGCUCGCGUCUAGAAUACACAGGCCCUUGCAAUUCUUAGGUCUCUAUGGUACCGCCUACGGUGCUUGCAGGAGGCACGACAUACCGGCAAAAGUGGUAGCGGGCGAUGCGAACGAAGACCAGAUAUUAAUUGCAGCUGCAGUUUGUAUGGACAAUAAGCAAGAGUUGUUGCAAAAAGUGCUGAGCGACUUAUAUCAUGUGUUUAGAUAUGAGAAUUGUCGUAGAAUGGAUCAGGCUUUAAGUACCGUGUUAGAAGCGAUGGAGAAGCAUCCAGCUCAGAAGCACAUACAAAUAUCGGGAAGCGCUACCUUAUUUUAUAUAGUGAAAAUGAAAGAGAGGGUUGAGCUAGUUGCACGAAUGAAAAGACGAAUUAUCAGUACUCUUCUGGCUGGUAUGAGUAUGCAUCGAGACGAGGAGACCAUGAUGCGGAACGGUUGUCUGGCAUUGUGUCAAUUCCGCAUACCACAAGACGUGAUGUCAAAUUACGAAGCGCUGGUUAAGGUGCUUCUGCAUUCGGCCAAGAACUCGGAGCCGGAGAGUUUUGUUCAAAGAAUCGGCAUAUACCUGUUAAAUUCUUUGGCUUGUCAAGUGGAAGGCAGAGAGAAAAGACUGCUGGGCAAACUGGGUUGUGUUAAAACUAUGUUAGAUUUGGUGGAAUACAGGGUACAAACCGGUGUAUUUGACGAUGUAUUAGAGGUCGCAUGGUCGACCAUGUGGAACAUGACUGAUGAAACGUCUGUAAAUUGUCAACGAUUCUUAGACGAUAAAGGCAUGACGCUCUUUCUUUUGUGCGUAGAGCAAUAUCCGCAUAAAGAAGAAUUAUUAAGAAAUAUGAUGGGUUUACUCGGUAACGUGGCGGAAGUCGAAUAUCUUCGGAUCCAUCUCAUGCAGGAGCAAUAUGUAAUCGUAUUCGCCAACCUAUUACGCUCCAAUAGCGACGGAAUUGAGGUUCCGUAUAACGCUGCUGGUAUAUUGGCACAUAUGGCUUCUGAUGGCGUUGACGCUUGGACAAUAGCAAAGCCGACCCGUAAUGAGGUUCUUGAAUAUAUGGUACAAGCAAUUGAAAGUUGGGAUCUGUCCGCAGAACGUAAUAUCAAUUAUCGCUCAUUCCUACCUCUGUUGCGUCUAUUGGAUGUAUAUCAUACUCCUCCAUGUCAGCAUUGGGCAGCUUGGGCUCUGGCUAACCUCACAAAAGUAUACCCCAACAAAUAUUGCGUGUUGGUGGUGAAAGAAGGAGGAAUGGAUAAGCUGCAAAAAGUGAUACUAGACCCCAGGCCGUACGAACGUAUAAAAGAACUCGCCAACUAUGUGAUUGAAAAUUGCUGUAAUUACGAUUGCCAUUCAGACGACGUAAACAUUUCUCAUUCAUCUUUAGACGCGGAGUAUAGUCUAGACGGCUAA